GUGGCGGGGGGGGGCGGGUUGACCGCCGCAUAUUUCGCAAAUGGAGGUCUCUUUGGAGAGCCCUUCGCUGUUUAUCAAGACGAAGGACCAAUCAUGUGCUGAAGUCUCCGUUUUGUAGAGUUUUCAACUACGUUGACACCGUAGGCACGAUUGGGGCGAUGGAGAGCUUGUCGCUGGCGCUGUUGAUUAUGUUUCCAUCCGCUGGACCGGUAUACAGAAAGCUAAACAGCAUUUAGCGCCCCUCGCUUUCUUUGGGUUUGAACUAUUGACGUUUCAUAGGCUUGCUCGCGUCCCCGCGAACUGCACUGUUUACACUUGAUUUGAGAAUUUCAGACUCGAAUGACGCAGCACGCGUCUAUGUCGAAGGGGUUCUUGUCGCCGAGGCCAUAGGUGGCACUCUCGUCGGAAGUGGUCAGGUUUAUCUUCUCAGGGGGGCUCUACACGCAAUCACAAUCGAAUAUCACGAAUCAAUCGGGACGGCUGCCAUAGCCCUGGCAUGGUCAAGUCGGGAGGUGUCACACCAGCCCAUUGCUUCUUACUACUUAUACCCAAGCUGGAUGCCCAUUGACGGCAGUCCUUUUGCCCUUGAGCUUUCAUCACGCAAUAAAAGCGCGUAGCAUACGGGAGCUCGGCAGCCCGUUAAGAAUACUCAGUCGAAAGCUUAGCCGCAACCUUGAGCAUAUCACGGUCACUGCCAGUGGCGUGCUCGUACUGCCAGUGGCGUGGCACUAGCAGUACGAAAGUCAGUACGAUGCACAGGUCGUAACUUGAAGUGGAUACCCUGGUCCGGAAUGAAAUUGCAUUUACGGCAGUACAAUAUGUUUCCGGUAACGAGUUAGUGAGUUUAGACCACCUAUCAUGAUCCAGCUAAAUAAAACUGCUGGCUGUUGUGGUCCUCUCCCAGCUCGCCGCUUCCCCGGGUUCCGGGGUGGCGCGGCUUAUAUUUUUUGGCUCAUAUGGUUUCUAAUGGCAUCCAAGGGUUGGGUUUGAGUGAUGAUUUGCUGAAGCAUUAUAAGAAGGAGAUAGGUGAAAUGGCCUUGGGUAUUUUGGAUGGCGAGCCCUACGACUCGCCUAUCCAGGAGGGCAUACUCCUGACUUGUAUGGUUGAAAUGCUACCAUAUGUUGAUUCUGAUAAAUCAGAGUUUUCUGAUGAAGUAUUUGAGGGAUUUUUGCGCGACCCUGCUGACGAGAUAAACGAGGAGGAACGUGGAGAGGAGCCCCCUAAAGGCGAGUCGGAGAGACAUAUCCUCCUGCAGCUUCAGCAGUCCAUGGGUCAAGUGGUUGGCCAGUUGAAGGAGUUACAAAGCUCUGUCAAGGAGAUUUCACGCAGAGUGCAACGUCAUGAUGCGAUUCUUAAUAGUCGAGCCACUGACAGCCGGGUCAUGGACCUUUCCUUUUUAAAAGGCGAUCAAUUGCGUUCUGAGGUGGAGUCUUUCCGGGACUUGAUAACACUCGAUAGGACCAUACAAGGGACCACAUAAUACGGGCCAGGGGCAAUUGUAUACCUAAAAAUGGAAUGCCCUUCGGGUCGCGGUGCAAAAUCACCAGCGGCUGCAGAUGGUGC